AUGCGACCGGCUACUCUCAUCGUUGGAGAUUUUAAUGCACCUCACAUAAACUGGAGCUCGGCCUCAGCCGACUGCUCUGAAGCAGCAUUCGACCAGCAGUUACUGCGUACCUCCGACAAUCUGCUUCUUACCCAACACGUAAUGUUGCCAACGAGAGUUCGAGAGGGCCAACAGAUGAAUUGCCUUGAUCUGGUGUUCACCAAGUCCUCCGACAAUAUCGACGUUGUUAAUUGCCUCCCCCCGUUGGGUCAGAGUGACCAUGUAGUUCUCAUGUGGGAAUACACCUUAUUCUCCCUGCCUGCUCAACCGCUUGAUUCCCGACCCAAUAUUUGGCGCGGAAAUUUCGAUGAGAUGAGAAGCGAUCUAAGUCCUAUCGACUGGGCAUCCACUCUAUCCGGCGAUGUCGAAGAGGUUUGGUGUCAGUUCAAAGAGUUAGUCCACAACCUCAUCUCCAAUCAUUGCCCAAUCAUGCACAGAAGACUAACAAAUAGACCCCGCUGGCUGACUCCGUUCUUAAAUAAGGAGGUUAACAAAAAUAGGAAGCUGUGAAAAAGAUCCCUGACUGACCGGACGCCAGAAUCCCUAAGCAGUUAUAAGUCUCAGAGAAAUCGCGUCAAAGUUCUCAUCGCUAGAGAUCGGAAGGCCUUUGAAAAGGAUAUUCUCAACCGUGCCAGGGUUAAUUCCAAAGUCCUCUACAGCUACAUAAGACAGAGCACGCGGAACAAAGACCCCAUCCCACUGCUGCGAACAGCCGAGGGAAUGAAAAUCUCCGAUGACAAGGAUAAGGCUCAACACCUCUCUCAGUUUUUCCCGUCCGUCGUGACAAGUGAACCUAAUUUUCUCUCCCCCAUUUGUGAAGACGAAGAAAAGCCUACCCUUGAAGCCGUAUUCUUCACCAAAGCAAUUGUUCGGAAAGAGUUAAUUAAUCUGAAAGAAUUGAUCUCCCCAGGCCCCGAUGCAGUCCCCGCCAAGCUGCUGAAGGAGCUAGCUCCCGAAAUGUCCAAGCCAUUAGCCUUGAUCUUCCAAACAUCAUUUCUUACUAGAUGCCUGCCCUCUGCUUGGAAGUCCGCUACCAUCACUCCGCUUUUUAAGAGCGGAAGUCGUGCGUCUGCGAAUAACUACAGGCCAGUGAGUCAUACCUCCAUCUGUUGCAAAACCAUGGAGAAGAUCAUUAAGAAGGCCUUGAUGCAGUUCCUUGAGCAGCACCACCCCCUCUCUGAUGCACAACACGGCUUUCGAAGUGAUAGGUCCUGCAUCACGAAUCUGCUCUUUACGCUCAAACGCUGGACCAAAGCACGCGAUGAAGGUAGUGUGGUGCACGCCAUCUACAUCGAUUUCAAAAAGGCCUUCGACAGCGUUCCCCACCAACGUCUCUUGCACAAACUGCGCAACGCUUUAAUUUGUGGACGCCUUCUUGUAUAG